GUUUGGACUCAAUAAGAUAGUACUGUAUUAUGAGCUCCCAAUAUGUUACUGUAUCUGUCUCUCUCUCAGACAUCCACACUUUCCAGAGGAUCUAUGGCUGUGAGUGGGAAGACCAGGUUUAUACUUCGGAUGAGUACCGUUAUGAUGGAGAAGGGUUCAUGGAGUUCAACCUGACAGCACAGACAUGGAUCCCUUCAACUCAUCCACAAGCUCUCAACACCAAAUUUCAGUGGGACAGAGACAAAGAGAGAAUAAAAAACAUUAUCUUGCAUCUCACAAAUUGUUCUGACUGGCUGAAGAAGUAUUUGGACUAUGCAAACAACACUUUGCAGAGAACAGAGCUUCCCUCAGUGUCUCUCCUCCAGAAGACUCCCUCCUCUCCAGUCAGCUGCCACGCUACAGGUUUCUACCCUGACAGUGCCACACUCAUCUGGAGGAAAGAUGGAGAGGAGAUUCAUGAGGACGUGGACCACGGAGAGAUCCUCCUCAACCACGAUGGAUCCUUCCAGAUGAGUGUUGACCUGAACCUUUCAUCAGUCACACCUGAAGACUGGAGGAGGUACGACUGUGUGUUUCAGCUCUCUGGUGUGAAGAACGACAUCGUCAUCAAACUGGACAAAGCAGUGAUCAGAACCAAUGAAGUUCCAGUUCCUUCUCCAGCAUCCUCCGAUGGUGGUGUCACUGGAGGUGUUGCCGCAGCAGUUUUCGUCGUUGUGGCAGCUUUCAUCACUGGAUACUUUAUCUGGCGAAAGAAAUGUCAUGCUGAAAAAGGACAGACCCGCAAUGGACAAAGAAUGCAACCAUUAGUGGCUUCACAACAACAAGUUGAUUCCCAGGAGUCAACCACAGAACCGGAUAACUCCGCAGAAUCAGCUACACUGGAAGUACCAGGAUGUGCAGACACAGAAAAUAUGAAUUCAAAGGACAUAAAAACAACUGAAAUUUAAUAAAAAAAACUUGUUUAAAACAUUAUUUUAUGACUUAAAUGGCUGAAACUUUUUGCCUCUCUCGCCGUCCUGUCCUAACAAUCUUAUUUAAGACCAAACCUCACAUCCUUGUCUCUGCCAUGUGCUCAUGUGUUGAGGUCAUACUUACCAUAUUUAAUAUUUAGUCAGAUAUUUUUGAUAAACACAUAGUAUCAGUAUUAACCAACAAACAACAAACUGUAAAAUAAUGUUUGGGGUGUACUGGAUUCACUGGUUUAACAUUAUUUAAGAGUCAUAAUGAUAAUGUAAUAACUCACCCUAACUGGAAAUAGGGUUGUUGUCUUUGAGCACAAUGUGAAUUUGGCUUCUAUACAGACAAUCAAUAAUUGUUAUUCAUUCACUGAUGUGACAUUUUUUAUUUAUUUAUUUUUUCACUUUUGAGAACCAAGAAAAGAAAAUCUUUGAAACUCUUAGAACAUUUCUUGGUUUGUUAUUGGUCGGUGCAACCUCUAUUUUUUAUUUUUUUUUGGGGGGGGGGGGUUAUACGGGAUUCGUCUAUUGUCUGUUUGUAGUUUAGUCAUUUUUAUUCUAUUUGUUAAGCACACCCACCUUGUCCCACCCUCUCUAUAUACUGUUGUAUGAUUGCAAGCAUCAGUAAGCUGUAAAUAAAUCCCUUUUUGUCAGUUCCA